AUGGAGAGCAACCCUCAAGUCUAUUCUCCUCAAACACAGCAAAACAAUAUAGUACCAGUCAUAUAUUUCACCACAGAAAACCUAAAUCCUGGUACAGGUUCUUGGUUUUCUACUUGCAAAGCUGUGAGGGAAGCCCUGGAGGAGUUUAGCUGCUUCGUCGCAGUUUAUGACAAAGUUGAACCUGAGUUCAUUAGUGAUGCUUUUGCAUCUUUUAAGGAGCUGUUUAACCUCCCCAUGGAGACAAAAUUGCUUAAUACUAUUCCUGAUAGGCCAGCUUUUGGCUAUAUAAGACCAAGGCCUGAAACUCCUGUUCAUGAAACCGUUGGUAUUGAAGAUUCAACAACUAUUGAAGCAGUUCAUAGUUUUGCUAAUGUCAUCUGGCCUUCGGGAAAUGAUCAUUUCUGGUAA